AUGGCCGGUUUAUUUUUACACGUUCGAGACCUCCAUUGCACUGAAGCAAAAGCUUUUUGCUGUAUAAAAUCACUGUUUCUAUACCUCAAAGUUGUAAAAGUAAAGUUUCAAAUUUUUUAACAAAACACAGUGAGAAGUGAUGAUUGGGUGCAAGACGAUAACUGUCCACGAUUCUCAUGCUACCACCACACAAUCUUUCUCUUAAGUUUGUCAGAUUAUAUCUUCAUAGCUGAGGACCUUCGUUAUUUGCAUUUAGAAACACAUACUCUUCCCCAAUCGAGGACCGCCAAACCUGUCAGCUAGCGUUUUUCUUCUAAGAAAAGAAAAAAACUAUUUUGUAUAAAUGGUGCCUUUCCGUUUUUAGAGGAUCGAGCAAGUUAGAAAGCAGAAAAAUGGCAGAAACAAAGUUGAGCUGCUUGAAAGACCAGAGAUGGUCACUCCAUGGCAUGACGGCACUCGUCACAGGUGGCACCCGAGGCAUAGGGCACGCAAUAGCAGAAGAGUUGGCAGAAUUUGGGGCUUGUGUGCAUAUAUGUUCCCGUAAUCAACAAGACAUCGACAAAUGUUUAGACGAAUGGAAGAGCAAAGGAUUUCGCAUGACGGGAUCUGCGUGCGAUGUGCUGUCUCGUGACCAACGUCAAAAUUUAAUCAAAACUGUUGCCUCAACCUUCCAUGGAAAGUUAAACAUUCUGGUAAACAAUGCUGCAACAACUAUACCUAAGAAUAUUGUAGAUUACACUGAAGAAGAUUUUACAACAACAAUGGGAACUAAUUUUGAAUCUAGUUACCAUUUGUGUCAACUAGCAUACCCACUUUUAAAAGCAUCUAAAUAUGGAAGCAUAGUUUUCGUAUCCUCUAUUUCAAGUUUGAAAGCACUGCCUCUUUGUUCUGUCUAUGCAGCCUCUAAAGGAGCUAUGAAUCAAUUCACCAAGAACGUAGCAUUAGAAUGGGCAAAGGAUAACAUUCGUGCAAAUGCUGUGGCACCUGGACUAGUCACAACCGUAUUAUUGGAGACUAUCACGAAAUCUACUGAAGCAGAUAAGGUUAUCGAUGCUAUGGUGUCUCAAACUCCAAUUGGUCGCAUUGGAGAACCUAAAGACAUAUCAUCAUUGGUUGCUUUUCUUUGCCUUCCAGCUGCUUCAUAUAUUACGGGACAAAUUAUAACAGCAGAUGGAGGUUUCAUAAUAUAAAUAUUUUUAUGCUGCAAUUAUAAAUUGAAAUAAGUAAAUACCCAAAAAUAAAUUGCUAUCAAUUUGAUUUGUCAUAAGCUCCAAGACUAUUAAUUAUUAUAAGUAGUUGUUUUGGUAUUACUGUUACAGUAUUUUAAGGUUAUGAAAUAGGUAAAUAUUUUUUUUUUAUCAUGUUUUGACUUUUGAGUUAAUUUCUAAUGAGUAUGUUACUUCAAUUUGGUUUCUCUGUAGCUAAAUUUAAUUUCUUUGGCCGUAUGUGAUUACAUAGCUAUUAUACAACAUUUUGGUUUAAAUAUUUUUUAUUUAUAUAUAUUUGCAAUUUAUUU